AUGGCUUCUACACAAGCACCAUCCAAGAGGCCUCGGCUCUCUCUUCAGAUCAAGACAUCAUGUAGCCCAGCCACACGGUCGUCAAGGAGCUAUGCCGUGGACCCCAAGGACCCAACCGCCUUCAACACGCUUUCCAACGUCUACGUUACCACUAUUGAGAGGUCGACGCCAGUUCAGACUGAGCCCAUGACCGCCAUCAACACACUCGAGGCAUUCAGCCUUACAACGCCCAUGGACGCCAAGCACAGGGUUGUCACACCUUACGUUGCUUCAUACCCGGAGACUCCUUUAUCAGAGAAUGCCCCCUCACCAAACCGUCUCGAGAUCAACUACCCAAGCACUAUGACGGCCACGCCUCCUCUAUCCGCUGGCCCAGUCGACUCACACACAUCCAAGCCCUUCAGCUUCUCGGCUGCCGAUACUUCAGCAACAGAUGGGCAAGAGGCUACCUCGCGACCCGAGACACUCACCCCUUCUCGGUCACAGAGCCUUGCCGAUGUAGCUCUGCAGGCUCCAUACACACAUCCUCGAUCACUUCACAGCAUCCUCCGCAACUCGCCUCUUCCUCCGCCUACCGCCAUCCCUCCCUUUUCUCCUCGACGACAAUCUCGGCGUUUGCAAGAAAAGGCAAACAGGAGAGUCGGCUACAGCAAGCCCCUCACUCAGGAGAUCGUCACCAACAAAUACACCAAGUCCCAUAUUGACCUUCUCGUCGAAGAGGCAUCACCACACUCUCCCCCAUGCUUACCUCCCCUGCCUCAAAAUGCUGUGGACCUCGCCAUGGCGUUCACUGCCAACGAAAUUCAGGACGGCGGACAGACACCCGGACCCUUUACAGACACAAAGCGCCGGAUGGACAUGUUGACCACCGGUACAUCACCCUCACCACAGGGGACUUUGCCGGCAGGACCAAAGGGUGUAUUAAAGCGCAAGAGAAAGGAAAAGAAGCGUCGCUGGGUCUGGACCAUUGGCCAAGAGGAGGAGGACGAUGAGAAUGUCGGGGGAUCUAUCGCCGCCCUCAGAGCGGAAGCUGCAAAGCCCAAGACAGCUGCAGAGGUCAAGACUCCUCUCACUGCCAUCAAAAUCCCGCAAAUCACAUACUCCACCAUGCCAACACCAAGCAUCGAGAGCGCCGAUUCCGAAAGCGAGAGCUUUGAUCACGAUGUGGAGAUGUCUGACACGAGUAGCUGUCUCUCGGUGCCAGAUGAGUAUGAUGGUAACAUGGAUGUGGAUCUCAAGACUCCAACUGGUCCCAAGAAGCAACUCAACAAUGUCAACAACAAGAGAGACACUCCGGUGCCGGCGGAUUUACUGAAUGUCGAGGGGGGCAGAGAUGAUACACCCAUUCCCGCAGAGUUGUUGAACCCAAGUGGAAAGAGAGAUACGCCCAUCCCAUCAGACUUGUUGAGCCUUGAUGGGAAGAGGGACGACACACCCAUACCUUCGGAGUUAUUGGAUGCGGAUAUCGCAUCCGGCCUUGGACUUGUUCGCCAGUAG